AUGUUUAACUUUUUACCAUCUUUGACUUCAAAUGACCGAAUGCUUUAUGCUUAUAUUGCACUUGAAUAUACGGCACAAGAUAGCACUUUUUAUGCAUCAUUAGAUGCGAAUUUUACUUCCAAAAAUAAUGUAUAUAUACAACAAAAAGCAAAAAUAUCAAAUAAGAAUGAAGUUGUAUUGUAUAGAGAACCAAAUGAAAAUAUUGAUGUUGAUAUUUCAGAGAAUGACAAUACAGA